AUGCGGCAUAACUGCAAAAAGAGUUUCAUUUUGGUGCUGAGUAUUGGCAUCCUGAUAGUGUACCUGUUCUUGAACGUAUACUACGAUGGUGGUCGAGGACGAUUGGGCAAAGUGCUGGGGCGUAUUUCGUCUGAAUCCGGGAAUAGUUCCGAUUCGAAAGUCGAGGGCAUCGAGAGCACUUCGCCAUCAUCGAUCGGGACGACCCUGUACACGUUUGUCUACAGCACGUUGGGACUAGACGCGAGGUUUCCGGUACCUCCGGGUGACAUGGGGACCCCAGUAGAAGCCGAUGUCAACAACACCGAGGUGGCUUUAAUAAUACAAAAAGGCAUGCAGGAGCAAGGUCUUAACCAGUUCUCCUCAGACUUGAUGUCGGUCAGACGGAGGUUACCCGAAAUUCGGGAUCCUUGGUGCCGUGAGCCAGGUCGCUAUCCGGCCGACUUGCCCCCGACCUCGAUCGUGAUCGUGUUCUACAACGAGGCCUGGUCUGUGCUGGUACGCACUGUGCAUUCCGUCCUGGAUCGAUCACCGGCGCAUCUCAUAAGGGAGAUCGUUCUCGUCGACGAUUGCAGCUAUCUGCCUCAUCUGAAAGCUCAGCUGGAGGACUACUUCGCUACGUAUUCGAAGGUGCGCAUCAUACGGGCCCCGGAAAGGCUAGGGUUGAUCCGAGCACGAAUGCUGGGAGGAAAAAGCACGACCACGGAGCUGAUCACCUUCCUCGAUGCACACGUGGAGGUAACCAUAGGAUGGCUCGAGGCGCUGAUACAACCAGUUGCCGCAAAUUGGACUACAAUUGCCAUCCCGACGAUCGACUGGGUUGACGAAAACAACAUGAAGUAUCGGGAUGAUAAGGCACCCAUCUUCGUUGGUGCGUACGAUUGGGAUCUUAACUUUGGCUGGUGGGGCCGAUGGUCGCAAAAAAAGAAGUAUGAGAACAAGAUGGAGCCUUUCGACACACCCGCCAUGGCUGGGGGUCUGUUCUGUAUUAAUAGGCGAUUUUUCGAGCGACUCGGUUGGUACGACGACGGUUUUGACAUUUACGGAAUCGAGAACAUUGAGCUAUCGAUGAAGAGCUGGAUGUGUGGAGGCAAGAUGGUCACGGUGCCGUGCUCACGUGUUGGCCACAUCCAGAAAGCUGGCCAUCCGUAUCUUCGGGAACAAACGAAGGACGUAGUGCGGGCUAAUUCGAUUCGCCUAGCGGAGGUAUGGAUGGAUGACUACAAAGGCAUCAUUUUCGACAUCUACGGUAUCCCACGGUACUUCGAGGAAGAGUUUGGCUCCGUGGCAGCACGUAAAGCCGUUCGCCAAAGCGCCAACUGCCAGCCAUUUCGAUACUACCUCGAGAAUGCGUUUCCUGAGAUGCACAACCCGAUGGUGCCAGGAGCUUUCCGUGGGGAGAUGCAUAACGUAGCGCUAGGUAACGGUACUUGUCUGACUUAUCGCAGGCAGGACAACUUUCUCGGCAUGGCGCCGUGCAACAAUCGACAGCAAGAUCAGUACUGGACGCACAACUACUACCAGGAGCUGAACACCUACAGAAACUGCAUGGAUGCCGUCGGAAGAACGGUCCAGGUGUACCUGUGCCAUCGAUCGCGAGGUAACCAGGCGUGGAAGUUCCUCGUAGAGAGCCAGCAGAUACAGAGCGUUCCGCAAAAGGAAUGCUUGGCGUUAAACUUGCAUACCAAUACGACGCUCCUGCUGGAACCUUGCGAUCCCACCAAGCCCCACCAGAAAUGGAACGUUUCCUUCAUAGAUCUGGACGUAUCAAUGUUAAUGGAGCUCCAGACUAAAUCGUGA